AUGAGAGAUAUUCAAGAUUCGCCAUAUAUACUUGACAUCAAUUCUAUAAAAGAUGCACCGAUAGAUAAAAAUCUUCCAAUAAAAGUGUUGAUUCAUGGUUAUACUGGACAUCGUGAUUAUUCUCCAAAUACGGAGAUUAGACCAGCUUAUUUUUCUGUUGGUGAUAUGAAUAUUAUUAGUUUGGAUUAUCAUCCACUUGUAGAAGAAGGAUGUUAUCUUCAAGCUGUAGUGAAUUUAGAGACAGUUGGCCAUUGUAUUGCUGAUGUACUCGAAGCUGGAAUUGCUGCUGAAAAAAUACAAUUAAGUCAAUUACAUAUUAUUGGAUUUUCAUUAGGCGCUCAUGUGGCAGGGUUUAUUCAAAAGUAUAUGAAGUCUGGAAAACUUCCAAGAGUAACAGGAUUAGAUCCAGCUUUGCCAUUGUUCUAUCUUAAAGAAAAUGGUCGAGAACUUAGCAAGGACGAUGCUGAGUUUGUCGAUAGCAUUCACACAAAUACAGGAUUAGCAGGAAAAAUUUUACCAGUUGGAGAUAUAGAUUUUUAUUGCAAUGGUGGAGUUAUUCAGCCUGGAUGUCUUAUAUCUAAUUAUUCCAAAUCAAGAUAA